AUGGAAGGGCAAAUCCGAGCACAACUGCCCGACCUCGAUCCGGUGGUCGUGGAGUACGCCGCGGGCUAUCUCAACCAUGCAGCUCAUCAAUUCGGUGCUGAGAGCGAUCCAUUGGCCGAGGCGGCGACAGUCAUAUCUCAGCUCCUAUUAUCAGCCUCAGGUGAUCUCUCGAGCGAGAAUGAGGUGUCGGUGCAGAACCUCAUUGACAAGUUCAUACAAAAAUUGCAUGAUGAUACUGCACGUGAUGGGGAGCAGCGGCAGCAAGCACCAUUGGCCAAGAAGCUCGAGCAGACCAUCCAGGUCGGCUCCCAGCGGAAUGUAUCCUCGACGCUGGGCCUGACAGGUAACGCUGUUGAUCUGGAAUCAGCAAAUGCCAGGAAGGUGGAAUCACGGGUGGACCGCAAGAAGCUUGAGAAAGCUGAGCGUAAGCUGAAGGCCAAGCAAGACAAGAAGGAAUUUAAGACUGUCGAGUAUGAGGCGUCCAGAUUGCUCGAUCAGCCGAGUGAGCAGCAAUCAUAUGAAGAGUUCUUCAUGGCUGUCAAUCCUCUGCAGCUGGGUAGUGAUGCUCAGUCGAAGAGUAAAGAUAUCAAGGUCGACGGCAUCGAUAUCACUAUUGGUGGUAAGCGUAUCUUGUCAGACACGAAUUUGACGCUGGCGUAUGGCCGAAGAUACGGUCUUGUUGGUCAGAAUGGUAUUGGCAAGUCUACGCUUCUCAGGGCGCUCAGUAAGCGUGAGGUGGCAAUUCCAACUCACAUAUCCAUUCUGCACGUCGAGCAAGAAGUCACGGGAGACGACACUCCUGCACUACAAGCUGUGCUCGAUGCCGACGUCUGGCGGAAGCAUCUCAUGAAGGAGCAGGAGAAGAUUACGAAGGAGCUUGCUGAGCUCGAAGCUGAACGCUCUUCUAUGGCAGACACGUCUGGUGAUGCAGCGAAGCUCGACAAGCAACGCGAAGGUCUCGACAUCACUCUCAGUGAUGUGCAAGGUAAGCUCGCCGAGAUGGAAUCAGACAAGGCAGAACCCAGAGCGGCUAGUAUUCUUGCUGGCCUCGGUUUCUCACACGAGCGGCAGCAAUUCGCCACCAAGACAUUUUCUGGUGGUUGGCGUAUGCGUCUGGCACUGGCGAGAGCACUCUUCUGCGAGCCUGAUCUUCUGCUGCUUGAUGAGCCGUCGAACAUGUUGGACGUGCCAUCCAUUACUUUCUUGGCAAAUUACCUCGCAGGCUACCCGAGCACUGUCCUGGUCGUGUCUCACGACCGAGCGUUCCUGAACGAAGUGGCGACAGAUAUCAUUCAUCAGCACUCACAGCGCCUGGACUACUACAAAGGUGCCACUUUCGACUCGUUUUAUGCCACCAAGGAGGAACGCCGCAAGACUGCCAAGCGUGAGUACGAGAAUCAAAUGGCAGUACGAGCCCAUCUCCAAGCCUUUAUCGACAAGUUUCGCUACAACGCCGCCAAGUCGUCCGAAGCGCAAUCACGCAUCAAGAAACUGGAGAAGAUGCCCAUGCUCGAAGCGCCGGAGGCUGAGUACAGUGUACACUUCAAGUUCCCAGAUGUCGAGAAGCUUUCACCGCCCAUCAUACAAAUGGACAAUGUCUCCUUUGGCUACACACCCGACAAGCCUCUCCUCAAGAACGUGGAUCUGGACGUGCAACUCGACUCUCGUAUCGGUAUCGUGGGUCCAAACGGUGCUGGCAAGACGACCGCACUCAAACUCCUCAUUGGUGCACUCUCGCCAACGUCAGGUCUGAUAUCACAGAACCCUCGUCUCCGUAUCGGUUUCUUCGCCCAACACCACGUCGACGCUCUAGAUCUCAAUGCCAGUGCUGUCGGCUUCAUGGCAGCCAAGUACCCUGGAAGAUCAGACGAAGAGUACCGUCGCCACCUCGGUGCCUUUGGCAUCACAGGCAUGACAGGCCUCCAGAAGAUGGAGCUGUUGUCUGGAGGUCAGAAGUCUCGCGUAGCAUUCGCCUGUCUCGGUCUCACGAACCCACAUAUCUUGGUCCUGGACGAGCCGUCUAAUCAUCUCGAUAUCGAAGCGAUGGAUGCUUUGAGCACAGCGCUGCAGAACUUUGGCGGCGGUGUGUUGAUGGUGAGUCACGAUGUGACCAUGUUGCAAAACGUAUGCACGAGCCUGUGGGUGUGUGACAAUGGGACUGUGGAGCAUUUCGGUGGUACGGUGAAGGACUACAAGAAGCGCAUUACCGCGCAGGCUGGAGAGAGUGGAGUGGCGAUACAGCAUUAG